GGCUCGAUGACAGACUACCUGAAGGCCAACGUGGUGUCGUGGAACGAGCUCUGCCACAUCAGUCAGACGGCAGCCCGCGGCCUGGCCUACCUCCAUGAAGACAUCCCGGGACACAAGGACGGACACAAGCCGUCCAUCGCUCACAGGGACAUUAAGAGUAAGAAUGUGCUGUUGAAGAGUAACCUGACAGCCUGCAUAGCGGACUUUGGUCUUGCCCUGAAGUUUGAAGCAGGGAAAUCUGCAGGAGACACACAUGGACAG